GUCGCGGCUCUUCCACAUUCCCAGCUCUGCCUCUCACUCUUCCAGGUACACGCCCUUUGACUUGUGAAGGGGGAAAAGUUUUAAGGACAGGAAAAAAAAAAACCUAAAUCACGGAAGAGAUUCUGCAGUCCUACUAGUUUGGCAAGUUCUCUGGGCUCAAAGCAGCGUAGAAAGGCGGAGAAGAGGGCAGAAACUCACAUUUGCGCACAUUUAUACACUUCUCUUGUCGCACAGACUGUAAACGACAGGAGUCAUGGAGCAUGCCAUUCAGACCCUGGUGACGGUCUACCUGAAGUCGUCCAAAGGAAAGGAGAGUCUAGGAAAGAAGGAAUUCCAGAGCCUCGUCAAAUCCCAGCUCGGCAACAUCCUUUCGGAUGCAGACAGCAAAGAGGCCAUCAACAACAUGGGCCAGGGGCUGGAUGCUGACCACGACGGCAAGGUGGGCUUCGAGGAGUACCUGAAGCUGGUCGGCUACCUAGCAUGUUCGCUCAGCGAGCAGCGCAGCCUCGCCAAAGAGGAGCCUGCACAGAACGCCGCGUCCGAACAAGUGGCCAACAGCGCCAACAACAAAGAGGAAGAGAAGCCGGAAGCAAAGGCAGAGGCAAAGGAGGAGGCAAAGCCAGAGGCAAAUGAAGAGCUGAAAGCAGAGGCGGCUGCUGCUGCUGCGAAGGUAGAAGCAAACGCAGACGCAAAGGUGGAGGUGAAGGUAGAAGCAAAGGCGGAAGGCGAGACGCUGCCCAAGCCUGCAGCCUUAGGAGGAGGAUUAGCAGGAGCGGCGGGAGGAUUAACAGCAGCAGCCGGAGAAGCGGCGGCGGCAGCAACAGAAGCAGCAGCAUCGGUGGUAGAGCCGGCCAAGAAGGUCGUAGAAGAGGUGGCGAAAGAAGUACCGAAGGUGGAGGAGACGGUAAAAGUGGAUGAAGCUGUGGAGAAGGUGGCUGCUGCUGUGGAUGCUGUGGGGGAAGAAGUGGAGAAGAAGAUAGAGGAAGCGACCUCAUAGGGGACAAUAGAUUCCUUUGCAAAACAUAAAAACCAAAAAGAAAAAAAAAACACACUACACAUUUACAUUCAACACGAAACAGCAUCAAUAAUGUCAAAAUAAGUUGAAAAUCCACUGAUGAUUUUUUUAAAAAAACAUCAAAUACUCAUGUUCAAAGUGCAAAGAAAGUACAGGUAAAAGUUCAAACACUACAGGUCCAGCUCUGAUAGAAACACCACUCCUUAUAUAUGAAAAAUGAUCCAUGUACAUGACGGUAAAUGUAUUGCUUUUGUACUACUCAUUACCACUAUGUUCAAAUGUUUAGCAUGUGCCUCCCUUAGCACAUUUACCUCAUUAUGAUAUACUAUGAUGGCAUGCAGACGUACACUAUCAUGUGCAUGCAGAAUCCCUGUGAAAACUUUGCUGCAAAGUAUGAUUUCCCAGCAAAUGUGGCCAAAGUAUGUUAACACACCACUGCCAACAAGGAUUUUAGUCUAAAUAUCAUCCUGGUUGUGUCUCUGUUGCUUCCACAGUCGUGUCCUGCAGCCUUGUAUUACAGUCUUUUGGGUCCUGCAGCAUCAUACAUCUCGCUAACACCUUAAAGGGAUAAUCUGACAUUUUGGGAAAUACACUAAUUAGCUUAAUAGCCGAGAUUUAAAUGAGACAAAUGACACAAAUCCUGCAUGUAUCCAUUGAAUGUGAAGCUACAACCAGCAGAAGGAAACAGCAGUGUGUCUCUUUCCAAAGGUAACAACAACAAACCAACAAAAAAAAGCUCAUGAAUUACAUUGGCACAUCCUGUUUGUUUAGUUGGUUAUUUGCACUUCAGAGCAAACAUGAUGUUGUGUGUUAAUUAGUGAGCUUUAAGAGGAUAUGGUUGGAGAGAGACAGGCUUGCUGUUUACACUGUCAGGCAGACAUGAGACUCAUCUGAAUCUUGGCUAAAAAGCUAAUAAGCACAUUUCUGUAUGAGAAAAUCUGACACUAAACCUUUCUCCUUUUUACCUUUUUAAUUCACAGUGCUUUGGAGCUGAUUUAGCAUGACAAUAAACUAACUGUUUUGCUGAAUCUUUGCAUUACUUCAGCUCAUCUUUAACUGUGUUCUCAAUGCCCGCAUCACACCCUCUUUCUUUCUUUCUUUUCUUUCUUCUCUGUAUAUCCCAGAAAAGUUGCCUCCGAUAUAUUCUCUCCGCUUGUAGUCAGCCAUGAAUUAACUGGAAGAUCAGGUGUGACCACUGGCUAAAUAAUUAAGGUCCAGAGAUGGAAUCCACACCAAAGGACCCUAAGGGUCAAAAAGGGAGCCCAAAAUAGUCCCGUGGGUGCUGGCUGGUGACUAGAGGAGCAGGUCAGAGAAGGUGUGCAUGCAACCUAAUAUACCUGGAUUAGAAGAGAGGACAACCGAACAAAGCACCAAGAAAGCCACAACAGAUGUCACCUGGUAGAGAUGCUUCUUCUCAGUGCCUUUGUUGUAAUUGCAUGUUCGAAGCCACGGCAGGUUGUGUUUAUUGAGCCGUUGCGGGCCGGUACGUUAUGAGGAGUGACCCCUAGCAGCUCUGGAUGGAGGGGAGAGACGAGAACAGGCCUCAGUAGAAACUUGACCUCUGGUUCCUUAAAAAAUUGCUCGUUGUUUGUAGUUUUAGCCGCCAGUUGUUCAGGCUUGUGUGUUUGUCAGUCACACCCUCGUACAGUUUAGAGACCCUGUUUGACCUGCAACUGGAUCCUUGUGUACCAGGCAUUGGGAAACUACUGGAUUAGACAUUUGAUGGGGUAACACACCCUGGGACUCAAACAAUUACAUGAAAGUAAUCCCGGGCUCCAGUGAACCUACCCAUCAGUACGAGGUGGUAGUAUAAGAAAAAAGGCAUCGUAGUCAGAGGUUGUGCUUUUUUAUUUGAAUACUGAGCCAUCAAUAUGAAUCUUUGUGGUGUGAUCUUUUACAACAGCCUUAUAAUAAGAUGUUGCAUGCUAUCAGAAGCUUAUUUGCCAGAUAUUACCGAUGUAUUACCAUAAUCAGGGCCAUUAUUUAAGUUCUAUUUGGCCUCAUUUAUAUUUAACUCUUAAACCUAUAUCUAACUCUUUGUUCGGACCACUAUGGAGAUCACUUGAACAUGUUCUUCGUCACAUUAUAUGCAAUUUGUUAAUUACAAUUUAAUGACGUGUAAAUUGUCUGGUCAUCAAUAAUGCAGCCACAAGAAGAAGAAAAAAAAACGACGGCUUGUGUUGCAGGCCCUGCUAUGUUAUAGGCGCGCGUUUAUGCCGGCUGUGAAGGGCGUAAGGCGAACACACAUUUUGGGCACGCUACCAAAGUGUGCGCCUCAUGCACUGUCACAGCACCUGGCACUUCAAACUGCUCCACGGCAAAAUGGGCGAGACAAAUAAGCUGGAGUCAUGUGAUCAGCCUGCCUCACUGUGACACUCCCAUUGUAAAUACUCUGUCAUUUACACUCACUCUGCACCGCUUUUAUACUCACAGUGCAUUUCCUGCAGUACUAACAAACUUACUGAACACUCUGGGCCUUUUUUAGAUUAUUUUAUUAUGUGUUUUAUGAAAUAUAUACUAUAUACUUUAAAAUAUCAGAAUACUUUUUUGGUACUUCCUGUGAAUAAUGGAAAUGUCAGCCUCUUUUGCGCCAUUUUUAUAGAUGGAUUGCACUAGAGUAGCUGAGAUAAAGCAGUACAUUCACUUUACUGAUAUGUUAAAUUACUUAACUUGCACUACCAACACAUGCCUGCAUUCUAAGUCCUGGGUUAAACAUCAUCUGGAAGUCAUUUUUUGAUCAGUUAAUCCCGCAUUUGAAACGUUUUCUUUCAAAGUGGCUGAACUGUCUGCAGUUUUGUUACUGUCCCUCGGUGUAAACCCCACCCAGCCUUAACUCAUGUAGAUUAAAAACAUGCUGGAACCAAACACAGCAGAUUUGCAGCAGGGAGUGUUUCGCAGCCACGUUUUUCUAUUGCGACACAAUAAGUCUCAUUCAUCCUGAGACACAGUCGAUGGAGAUAAAACCGCUGUGUUAGAAAUCCUACGUACGAGUGUACUUUUAAGGCUUAAAAUGUUUAUGAUUACGGAAUCAUUCCCGGGAUAUUGUGCAGGUUUCCGUCAUGUACUCUGUUUAUUUCCUGCAAAGUACUAGAAAGUAUGUUUAUGUUUAGCAGUUGGACUCCUUUCGGUCCACUAUCACGUCCAAUAAACUUCACCAUGCUAAUAUUUCAACCUUAUAUGUAAUGCUGUAUCAUUUUUUUGCUCAUUCUAUGUUAAUGGCUAAUAUUGAAUAAAACUGUGACAAUA